AUGUUUGAGACUGCCAAAAAUCAAGGUCCCGCCAAAAGUGUAGACAUCGUCAUUGCGAACGCUGGCAUUAGUCGAAGUUCAGGAGACAGUCUAUGGAAUCUGGACGACCCCAAUGGAGAGCCAGUCAAGCCUGACCUCAACAUUGUCGAUGUAAACCUCAAGGGUUCCUUCUACACAUGGAAACUCGCAGUUCAUUAUUUCAGGCAGCAGCCGGAGAGCGACGACCGAGACCGAUGCUUCAUAAUCACAGGAAGUAUGGUGGGCUGGAUUGACUCGCCCGGAAAUUGGGAGUACACAUCCACCAAAUAUGGCCUCCAUGGGUUCAUGAGAACUGCAAGACGCUCUAGCUGGGAGCAAGGCAUCCGAAUCGUCUAUGUGGCUCCAUGCUGGAUCAGAAGUGCAAUCCGUACUGCCGAAUAUGAGAAAUGGUUGAUCGACCAUGGCGUCGAAUUUGGAGAGCAAGAAGACGUCGCAAACUGCAUGAUGAGAGUCGCUUGCGACAAGUCUAUUAACGGGCGCUCGUUGAUGAUUACACCAAGAACAGUUGCAAAAGAGGGCUACAUGGAUAUUGACCGAGACGACUACAAGGAUGCGCCGGAAGACCAAUAUCUAGACAAAAUGCAAAAGGCCCAACUUGUCAUUAUCGAGGACAAGUGGAGAGACGAUUACAAGGUCCGAGUGUAUAAGGAUUAG